GCCGCCAGGUCUCCCCGUUUCCCGGGCUCCAAUCACUCCGGAGACGAGACGGAGCCAUGGGGGGAAAGCGGAGUGAGGAGGAGGAGGCCUCAGGGAAACCAGCCCAAUAUGACCCCUCCUUUCGAGGCCCCAUCAAAGACAGGAGCUGCACCGACAUCAUCUGCUGCUUCCUCUUCCUGAUCUUCAUUUUGGGGUAUAUCGUGGUGGGCAUAGUGGCCUGGGUGUAUGGAGACCCCCGGCAGGUGCUGUACCCCAGGAACUCCACCGGGGCCUACUGCGGGGUCGGGGAGAACAGGGAGAAACCCUAUCUCCUGUACUUCAACAUCUUCAGCUGCGCGCUGGCCGUCAACGUCCUGGAAGCCCUACGGAGCGGUCUCUCAUGCCCCACACCCCAGGUGUGUGUGGCUGCCUGCCCAGCAGUCGGAUGGGCCGUGGAAACAAGCCAACUCCCCCUGACGGUUGGCGAGGUCUUCUACAAAGCGAACAGGAGUUUUUGUCUGCCAGGUGUGCCCUCAGAUAUGGAAGUGCUCCACAGCCUGCAGCAGGAGCUCUGCCCCAGCUUCCUCCUCCCCUCCACCCCAGUUCUGGGGCGCUGUUUCCCUUCUCCCAACAUGAACUUCACACUGCCCCAGUUCCCAGGGAUCAACAAUACCUCCGUGUCCCAGGCGGUCAGUGGCCUGGUGGACAGCCUCAAUGCCCGUGACAUCACUGUGAAGAUCUUCGAAGACUUUGCCCGGUCCUGGUACUGGGUUCUCAUCACCCUGGGUGUGGCCCUGGUCCUGAGCCUGCUCUUCAUCCUGCUGCUGCGCCUGGUGGCCGGGCCGCUGGUGCUGGUGCUGGUCGUGGGGCUGCUGGGCGUGCUGGCCUACGGCAUCUACCACUGCUGGGAGCAGUACCGGCGGCUGCGCGACAGCGGGGCGCCCUCCCUUGCCCAGGUGGGCUUCACCACCGACUUCAGCGCCUAUGAGAACGUCAAGGAGACCUGGCUGGCCGCCCUGAUCAUAGUGGCCGCGCUGGAAGGCGUCCUGCUGCUCCUGCUCAUCUUCCUGCGGCAGCGGAUUCGCAUCGCCGUGGCCCUCCUGGAAGAGGCCAGCAAGGCCGUGGGCCAUAUGAUGUCCACCAUGUUCUACCCACUGGUCACCUUCAUCCUCCUGGUCAUCUGCAUUGCUUACUGGGUCAUGACUGCUCUGUACCUGGCCACAUCCGGGCAACCCCAGUACAUCUACUGGGUGUCCAACGCCAGCACACCAGGGUGUGAGACAGUGCCAGUGAACAAGUCAUGUGACCCCAUGGCUCAGCCCAAGAACUCCUCCUGCCCAGGGCUGAUGUGCGUCUUCCAGGGCUACUCGUCCACAGGCCGAGUACAGCGGACCCUGUUCAACCUGCAAAUCUACGGGGUCCUGGGGCUCUUCUGGACUGUGAACUGGGUGCUGGCCCUGGGCCAGUGUGUCCUGGCUGGAGCCUUUGCCUCCUUCUACUGGGCCUUUCACAAGCCCCGGGACAUCCCCACCUUCCCACUGAGCGCAGCCUUCAUCCGUACACUGCGUUACCACACCGGGUCCCUGGCCUUCGGGGCCCUCAUCCUGAGCCUUGUGCAGAUAGCCCGGAUGGUCUUGGAAUACAUUGACCACAAACUGCGAGGAGCCCAGAACGCCUUGGCUCGCUGCAUUAUGUGCUGCUUCAAGUGCUGCCUCUGGUGCCUGGAGAAAUUCAUCAAGUUCCUGAACCGCAAUGCAUACAUCAUGAUCGCCAUCUAUGGGAAGAACUUCUGCGUCUCGGCCAAAAAUGCCUUUCUGCUGCUCAUGCGGAACGUGCUGAGGGUAGUGGUCCUGGAUAAAGUCACAGACCUGCUGCUGUUCUUCGGGAAGCUGCUGGUGGUCGGAGGCGUGGGGGUCCUGGCCUUCUUCUUCUUCUCCGGUCGCAUCAAGGGGCUGGGUAAGGUCUUCGAGAAUCCCGAGCUCAACUAUUACUGGCUUCCCAUCAUGACGAGCAUCGCAGGGGCGUACGUCAUCGCCAGCGGCUUCUUCAGCGUGUUCGGCAUGUGCGUGGACACGCUCUUCCUGUGCUUCCUGGAAGACCUGGAGCGCAACGACGGCUCGCAGGACCGGCCCUACUACAUGUCCAAGAACCUGCUGAAGAUCCUGGGCAAGAAGAACCAGGCGCCCGCGGCCGACAAGAAGAGGAAGAAGUGAGCCGAGGCCCGCGCCAGCCCAGGCACACUUUGUCGUACAGAUCUCAAAUUCAGUCAUUUUAAUAAAAAUUAAAAAC